GCAAGUCAAGUCAAAAUCGAGCCAGCAGCAGUCGCCCCAGUCUUGUCGUGUCUUGCGUGUGGACGAAAUUUCGGAAUUUUCGGACGUUCGCGGGCCAGAUUCGUGGAAGAACUCUGUGCAAAAGUGUGUGAAGGUGUUUCCGGGAACCGUUCCGACAUCGGUGGGGCCUCCCCAGGGGAACAUUCUUGGGGUAAAAAGUGUUGCAAUGUGAAGCAAAGUGGUGGCCACUGUUUUUCUUUUGGGGUUUCUUCUGUGAUCGUGUCGUCCGUGUGAAUGGUUCCGGAAACGGCGGCGGCGGCCCAUCCCGACUGGAGAUAGUUGAAAGAUACUUUUGUCCCGUGGAAGAAAUCGAUGAGUGUGUUUUGGUCCAGUGAAGCAGCAGCAGUGCGUUGGCCGGAAGUCGGAGGUGGUUGGUGGAUGGCAGUCCCGGGAAGAAUCCGCUGUCCCCGAAGACCUGCUGAAAGUUAGAAAGUUUCGAGUUUGUGGCUCUGACGAGAGCAAUUCGGCUGUGUGUAUUUUGUUCGUUUCGUUACGUUUCUCGUCGCCGCAGCAGUGUCCCAGAAAGCAAAAAGUAAAACAGAGCAUAAAGAAAUCAUAAAUAUAAUAUACACACAACGGCAACAGCAGCAGCAGCAGCAUUAAAGUGAAUGAGAGUGUGUGGCAUUUCGAGAAGAACAAGUGAAACACAGUGGAGUGAGAGCCAGGAGCAUUAAAAAUUCUGUGUGCGUGCUCCACCCCGAGUGAAAAAGAAGAAAAAGUGCAACCAAGAAGUCAAAGAAGAAGAAGCUCAGGGGGGAAAACAAAGUGGCCGAAUCCGGUCCGAAGCAAAAAAGUGGUGCUAGAAGAAUCGAGCUCUAAAUUCCAUCAAAACGGCAACUAAUUGACCCGUGCGCGCAAAAAAAAUAUAUACAAAAAUGGGCAACUGUUUCAGCAGUAGUGCCAAGAAGGAUCCGACUGAGCACCACGCGAUCGGCGGUCCGAACGCCAUCGACAGCGACCCGGUGAUGCCGAACAAUCAGGUGGCGACGCCGCCGCAGGAUCCGCAGGCGAUCCGGCAGCCGAUGCCGGCCAUUCCCGACCCGGGCAGCGACUCCAUCUCGACGGCCAAGAUCUUCGUGGCGCUGUACGAUUACGACGCGCGCACGGACGAGGAUCUGAGCUUCCGCAAGGGCGAGCACCUGGAGAUACUGAACGAUACGCAGGGAGACUGGUGGCUGGCCCGCAGCAAAAAGACACGCCAGGAGGGAUACAUUCCAUCAAACUACGUUGCCAAAUUGAAAUCGAUCGAAGCGGAACCGUAAGUUUUAUUGACCACUGCGAAAGCUUUCCGGAUGACCCGAAUCAUUCUACUUGUGAGUACUAGCUUCUCUUCGACGGGUCCCAUUCCUGAUGACAAGAAGGUUACUUUUCAUCUCUCGACAUCGAUGAAAAGGAGAGUUAAACGUGAAGUUUAUUGAUUUUUUGUCUUUUUAUGACUACCAUAAAUAACAUCCAUUGAAUGAUCCUUUUUGGAGAGAGAAGAAAAAAGGAUGCGCCCUUGGACUUGCUAGCUUAAAAAAUCUGUUGCAUUGGGAAUUUUCCAUUCAGCGUUCAAUUGGAAAUUUCUCAGCAAAACUGCUUCCAAUUGGAUGCUUGGUGUUAUAAAACCGUUUAGAAUUAGCAC